AUGGACGACACCACUACUGCCAUAGUUGCCGCUGUGACUACCGUCGCCGCCGUCACCCACUUCCGCCGCCACCACCCCCACCACCCACCUCCACCCCAGCUGUCUCCCGCCACCACCCACCUCCACCUCAGUCGUCACCCACCUUUGUCGCUACCAACCGUCACCCACCAUCCACACCUCCGCCCCCACCGUCACUCGCCACCACCCACCACCCCCGACACCACCGCGCCACAUCUGCCACCCACCCCGCCUCCGCCGUCAGCCGCCACCCACCUCCACCACCGUCGCCGUCACCGUCCCCGUCACCCACCACCAUUGUCGUUGCCACCACCUACCUCUGGCCCCGCCACUACCCACCGCCGCCACCCAUCGCCGUCACCCACCGCCACCACCUCCGACCAUCGCUACCAUUGCCACCUAUCACCACCCACCACCACCAACUACCAUCACUCAUCACCGAUUUUAUUCAUUCGUCUAUUCUUUCCUACCAAACAACACAAAGUUUAUGAGUUCGUGAUUGCAAACUAG